GCUACCGUUAGGGGAGCGCAGCCACCCAGAUGGCUGGCCACCCCACCCUCCCGGAUGCCGCCCCUUAUCCGAGCUCGGCCAAGCCCAUACCGAGAAUUAUAGCGCCGACCGUUGAUAGUGCGCGGCCACCCGGUUGGUCGGUACUAUGAAGAGCGCGCCACGACAGGCGAGCCCUGUGGCACCACUGAAACGGCCACACAGCAACACACUGGCGGCGCACAACCGCCCACGAGUUGAGCGCCCCCAGACAUGCAAAUGCUUGCUGUAGCUACGCAGUGCAAUACCAAAUCGGACGAAAAUCAACGGCAGUCGUGGGGAGGUGUUGGUGUUCGCGAGGCACUACGUCCGACGCGCCUCCGAGCCGUGAGGGCACUCGGAAGGGUAGGAGAGAGGGACCGAAAGUGCACCUACUCCGGGUGCGGGAGAUCCUGGCGAGACAGAUCCCACAUACAACGCACUGAGACCCAUCCGUCCCCUUGUACGUGCGAUGUUUGUGCACAGUGGUCGGCAUCACCUGUGGCUUCGAUAAUAAUAAUAGAAGGAAAUCCAAUUUUUAUGUACUCUGCAGUUUAAGUUUAACACCUGAUGACUUACAUCAAAUCUUAUCAAACUAGUCCAAGAAGAAAUUUUAUACAAAAUGCGUUAUUUCAGCCCAGAAGAAGUUUUAGUUUCACCUGUUGAUGUUGUGUUGCGCAAUUUUUAUCGGAAGAAAGAAAAUGGAAAAUUGAUGACCUUAGCAGAAGAUGACAUUGAAAAGGUCUCCGCGGCGUCCCGAGCUGCAAAUGAAAAAAGUUUUUAGAAAGUUUGACUUACUUGUUCCUCUUGCAUCGAAUGUGAAUUGAAACAAAGAAAAAUACUGGUAAUACCCAACAAAAAAGGAUGAAAAUGCACCCCUCUUGUACUUACUUACACCCCUUUGGUUUAAAUUUCGACUUGCGCCAGGAUUGAUUCGCAUGCCAGGUUCUUGAUGAUGUUAUGUGUACAACAAAAAUUAUGUAAAGGCAAUAGCUGUUGUGUUUAUCACAGCCACUACAGGAGAAAAUACAAGAAACGGCAAGAACUAAGCUAUCUACCACUUCCACCAGCCUUCAAUAUUUUUUCUGUCACUUGCUGUUCGCCAUCCGCAAGUAGUGAAGGUGGCCCGUAAAAUGUUGAUGAAAGCGAUUUUCGAUGACUAUAAUUGGGGUUUCUUGUGGAUGCUCAGGGGGAUGAGGUUGUAGUCAUGGUGCAAUCGUCUCUACUCUUCUUCACGCUCG